CAACAUCUUUAGCAGAUGCAACGUUAAUGAGCGCGAUGGCUGCUGCUGCCGAUAACUGUAUAAAAUGUCAAGAUGUGGAGGCUGUUUACAGGUGUAUAGCUGAUCAUGAAGAACGAUACAGGGUGAAAUUCAUUACCGCACAUAAAGACAGAGACUUUGGUAAAAUUCACGAAUGUAUUCCUGAUCCUGGCAAGUCCUUUCUAAGGUUUCGACUAGACUACGGUGGCCAGUCUCCUAAGAUAGAAUGUGAUGGAAUGCCAUUCUUUUACAUGCAUCGUCAUGUCCUGAUAUGUCAUCAAGGAAAGGACAGGAAUGAAAAAACCAAAGCCAAGAGAAAGGCUCUGGUACAGUUCAGCAAUGCAACAAAUCAAGAAAGCACUGGGAGGAAGAAGAGGAAGCUAGUUCAGGAUACCAAGAAAGUUGAUUGUCCUGCCAGCGUGUAUGUUGUACAAAUUCUAAGGUUCACAGACCACAAAGUACAGUUUCAAGGAUUAGAACCAACAGGUCACUCCAAGGUCCUUGUGAAAAGACAGCUGAGAGAAGAAUACCAGACUGAUGCCAGCUGUAUCCAUACAGAGACACUCUUCUAUGUCAGUCUACCAUCACUCUCAUCACAUAGAGGACAUCCAGUCAACAACAUUGCUGCAGGUCUACGGGAAGCAUUAGAUCCCCGUAUCAUCCACAAGAUAGCUGAGCUGACAGCCAAGGGCAUCUCCAAGGUUCCAGAAAUAAGGAAGCAUCUUGACGAGUAUGUACAGAGCGCCCUCUUCCAUUCAACUGAACAGCCAGAAAGGACGAGAAGACGCUACUACCCGACAGAUAUCGAUAUCCGCAAUACAGUACAGAAAGCUAAGAAGGAGGUCCAUACGAAGGUGGACCAAAAUAAUGCCUCUCUGUUGAUUUCAUUGUGGAAACAAGGAAAUAAGGAUUUCUUUGAAUACAGACCACUACAACCAGGUUCGGAAUCAGACAAAUUUCUCUUCUGUUGCCAAACACGCUGGCAAAGCCGACUUCUCAACAAGUAUGGCAACUCAUUCACAGUCUUGGAUGCUGUCUACCGGAGUGCUGGCUACUCCCUCCCCCUCUUCCUCCUCUCCGUUAGGACCAACAUGGGAUAUACAGUGGUUGGGAUGUUUGUCUCACAUAGCGACACUACGGAGGACAUCUCAGAGGCUCUGGGUGUGUUUAGAAGAUGGAAUCCUGACUGGAAACCAGAGGGGUUCGUGGUGGAUUAUUUUGACCCUGAGAUUGAAGCUACAGAGAUGGUUUUUCAAGGAUGCACUGCAUUGUUCUGCUACCACCGCUGUGAGACGUUAUGGCAGGAAUGGCUGAGGGACUCGUCUGGAAUAUCUGAUGGGUUAGUGAGAGCUCGCAUCAUCAAGACACUGCGGAGGAUUGCCAUGGCAACCACAGUGAGAGAGCAGGAUUCUGGUUUGAAAGGACUGAAGACGAUGUCAGUAUGGAAGGAGAUGGAAGGUGUGUCUAGCUGGUUCAACAUGUUCUGGUUAUCGUGCAUGAAGAGAUGGACAACCCUCUUCCAGAAUGAGAGGGUUAGAGUUGCAAUGUAUGCUGUCAAUGGAUGCAAGCAGCAGAGUGACAUGUUCAACCAGGGAUAUGUGAGCGACAAUAAAGACUGCAGCCUGAGUGAGAUCAUUACUAUCCUCUACACUAAAUGCUUCCCAGGAGAAUAUAGAAAGUAUGUGGAGUUCAAUGCACGCUAUUCCAGCAGUUACCUCAAGUACAGCUCCGAUGUCCCUGCUUUCCUGCACAGUAAACCUCGUUUCAUUGUAGAGCAUGUGGAAAAGUGCAUGACAACAACCAUCAUUCCAGAGAACAUCCACGCUGGGCAGAAUGGACACUUUGUUGUCAAGGGAGAUAGAUCUCAAACACAUCAAGUGUUCUUUGGCGAUGAGGAGAGGUAUCCCUCCUGUACUUGUUCAUACUGGACCAAACUGUAUCUGCCUUGCAAACACUUCUGUGCCAUCUUCCAGCACGUGCCUGGUUGGUCUUGGGACCAGCUUGGAGCUGCGUAUCGAGACAACCCUCUGUUUCUCUUAGAUGGGGACGUCCUACUGGCUAGUGAUCCUGAGCAGCAUUCUCAAAAGGUUCAACAGAAUACUGCCGAGGAGCUAGGAAAUACAGUGCCAGUGGAUACUGAUGGGGAAUCAAGAAGGGCUCUAACUGAAGAAGCAUCAGGGUCCAAGAGGCCACAGCGAGCUGCAGUCACAUGCAAACGUCUUGUAAGAAAUAACAUGGACCUACUGGAUAAGUUGGAGUCUCAGGUUCCUCAUUUGAAGGAUGAGUGUUUCCUUGAGGACAUGUUAAAAACCUUGCAAAGGUUAGUGCAUAGAGUACAAAGUAUCAGGACUCAGGGGAGCAAAAAUGCUGGGGCAACUCACAGAACUUCAUCAAGAAUUAAGAGCAAGAGGAAAUAUCAAGGUGACCUGGACGGUACAACUGAGAAAGAGCAGGACACUCUAGCUGGUUCUGAACUUUCACAAGACAUUCCCUCAUUGGCUGUGGAAGUUGAUCAUAUAACUGGAAAUAAUGCAGCUACACAGUUCUCCCAAGAUACCUUAACUGGUGUAAACAGCAACACUCACCAAGUAAUUGCUGAAGGUGGUCAAAAAGCGUCUGGAAGUAGCCAGGAAAAUGUGAGUCAUGCUACAAUGUCCCUUGUUAAUGUAAAUCAACAUGUCCAGAAUAGCACAUCUGACAACACUCAAGGAACUUGUGAGAUCAGGAGUGACAUGAUUGAAGCUAUUGUCCUCCAGCAGAAUCCAUACACAAGUAACUACUUACCCUUGAACGUGGAACACAAUUUUGCUCAAGGAUCCCAAGGAACAGUCGCGGAACGCCACGGCCUUCAGAGCAACAUCACUUUUGUGACAGAAGAUCCAGUUCUAGGACAUCAGGAGGUCUUGUCCACUGAGGGUAUUAUUAUUCAGACAGUUGAUCAGGUCGACCCGGGAAAUUUCAUCAUUGAUUCCACACACCAAGGUGUAACAGUCACCGUUACCAAUACUGAUCUUGACGGAGUGCCUUCUGUAACGUAAUGAGAACAGUCCUAAACAUGUUCUUCAAGUGCAGUACCUUGAAUUCCUUUUGUUUUGAAAAUAAGUCUUUCUACAUGUCUGCUUCCAAAUAACUGAUAUAUAUUUUCUAUUCAUAUGAUAUGAUACUCCAAUUAUGAGAACAGAUAUCUGAAAACCUUUUUUGUUUCCAGUCUUUAAAGGGAUCCAGUAACUUUAUCUUAAAUCCUUUAAAAAAAUUCCUUGAUUUAGCUCAUGCUGCAAUGAUAAUUAUAAACCUAUUUAUGAUUGAAAUCGAAAUCAAAUUUUAUGUUUACCAAACGAUUUUCAUAACAAUACUGUCUAUUAGGGAAAACGAGUAUGGUAAGACUAGUCACUCAAAGGUUUUUACUUUUUUUGAGGCACUUCUUGAACAUUUUGAAGCGCAAUUUUUUUAGGGCUUCAAUAUAUAACACCAUAUCACAGACACUGAUAACACGUAAGGCCAUGCAUCUCAUAUAUAAUAUUGUUAAACAAUCCCUUUAACAGUAGGUGAUGGUUAUGUCGUUGUGCUGAGCCAUAUGUGUGUAAUUGGACACUAUCAUAUGGUGUUACCAAGACAUCUCGUCAGGUAACCAUCAAACUUGUUUUUAAAUAAUUUUGACUUCAAAAAGACAUCUUUAUUAUUAGUGGAAGAUGUAUCAGGCCUUUUGAGCUGUAAAAAUGUUUUUUCCCCUGCAUUUCAUAAUAAUGCAGGUAUCCAUUAUCAAAAUGUAUGUGGUAUCCUAAUUAUAGUAUAUUGUCCACAUGGCAAAUACUGUUAAAGCAGGCAAUAUUGUCUGAUUUUCGUCCACAUCUCACAUCUAGGAACUUGUGAUAUUGUGAUGAUAAGUCAAGACUUUUAUUGUUGUUUAGAGGCAUUUGGAGUUCCAUACUUUGUCCUAAAUUACAUUCACGUCUGAUAACUACUGUAUUUUAUAACUGACGCUCCAGCCAAUUUUCAUUGAAUACAAGUGUUUUUUGUUAUAUCUUUCAUCCUGAUAAGGUUAUUUAGACAAGUCAUCAAGUAAAUACAUAAUUUAUCAUUUGUAUAAUUUCCCUUACCUUUGAAAAUCAAUGUAUUUUGAAGGUGGUUACUUGGUUUCUUUGUAACAAUACCUUUAUUUCAAACCAUAUCUUGACUCAUGUGACAUUGCUAUUACAACACAAUUGAAUACAUUGCUCUAUGUUCAACUUACCCCACAAGGUCAAAGUGAAUGGUAGGAGCAGCUCUAUGGCUUUUGCGACAACCAUUCCAUGUAGUUUGGCUCAAUAACUAUUGAUUCAGAUCCCUAAAAUAUAUGCAAGACAUAAAAGUAGAAAGGUCAAAA